CAGAAUCUGACGUUGACAGCAAAGAUAUUGGAUAAAUUAAAAAUGUCCCACUCAGGCCGUUUAACAUUGAUUCCGUUCUACUUAAGGGGUGGCUCUCUCGAAGGCAGCGGGGACUUGUCUACUAAGUGCGUUAACUGUAUAUGAACCAGUAUAUGACUAUUUGAACCAGAAAAAAUGAGGUAGUGGGAUGUGUCACUACUUCGGUCUCUACUGACAGCUUUGGCUGAAGCUGACAUAUCUAUCUUGUUUCAUUUAUUUAGAAUAUCAUACUUUUCUGGCACUCUCUUUUCUAUCUGUUGAAUAUCUGUUUUUCUAACGCACAGCUGCAUUUACACGCAUGCGCAUUUAAAGAGGAAGCUCAACAUUGGACAUUGCUUCAUCAACAGUUGCCCUAUUUAGUUUAGGUAGUGGCAUAGUACAGCACAAACUAAAUUUCGGAAGAAAUCACUCGUUACUGUAGCAAGGAUUUGAAAUACAGUAACGUAGGAUUGUUGUUGUACAUGCAGAAAGGCUCUGAAACAAGGUGCAGUGAUGAGCUUUUUUAGUUUUGGUCAAAGUGCACAAAUCGAUAUAGUUUUGAAUGACGCUGAGACAAGAAAGAAAGCCGAACAUAAGACCGAAGAUGGGAAAAAGGACCAAUAUUUUCUGUUUUAUGAUGGCGAUACAGUAUCUGGAAAAGUCAACUUAACACUGAAGAAUCCAGGGAAAAGACUCGAGCAUCAAGGCAUCAAAAUCGAGUUUAUUGGGAAAAUUGAGCUGUACUACGACAGGGGAAACAACUAUGAGUUUGUAUCUCUGGUUAAAGACUUGGCCCAACCGGGAGAGCUAACGCAGUCCCGGACCUUCGACUUUGAGUUCACAAAUGUGGAGAAACCAUACGAGGCCUACACGGGACAGAAUGUCAAAUUACGCUACUUUCUGCGGGUAACUGUAAGCCGGAGACUGAACAACAUCAGUAAAGAAAUGGACAUUGUUGUGCACACGCUCAGUAUGUUCCCAGACCUCAACUCUUCUAUCAAGAUGGAAGUGGGAAUCGAAGACUGCCUGCACAUCGAGUUUGAGUACAACAAGUCUAAGUACCACCUAAAAGAUGUCAUCGUGGGGAAGAUUUACUUCCUGUUGGUACGGAUCAAGAUCAGACACAUGGAGAUUAAUAUCAUCAAGCGAGAGACGACUGGCACGGGCACAAACGUGUACCAUGAGAACGACACCAUAGCCAAGUACGAGAUUAUGGAUGGAGCACCAGUGAGAGGGGAGUCCAUCCCUAUUCGACUUUUUCUGGCUGGCUAUGAGAUCACUCCUACGAUGAGGGACAUCAACAAGAAGUACUCUGUGCGGUACUACCUCAAUCUGGUGCUCAUAGACGAGGAGGAGAGGCGUUACUUCAAACAGCAGGAGAUAACUCUGUGGAGGAGGGGGGACGUAGUGAGGAAGAGCAUGUCCCUCCAAGCGGCCAUCGCCUCACAGCGCUUCGAGUGCUCGUCCAGUGACGAGAAAGCCCUAGCUCAUGCCCAGGAUAAGAAACCGUAGCUAAUCCCCAGAAUAGCCUACAAUCCAUCGCUUCGAAAAGGUGUGUGUGAGCACUAUGUGUACAUGUCUGUGAAUCUACGACUGUGAGUAAGAAUACAUGUGUGUGUGCUCGUCAGGUCAUCUAUGACAGAGUAUGUGUGAUGUCCAAAAUUAUGUGAACAGCAGCCAUUUUAGGCAUAACCUCGCCCCUUUCAACUUUGCCAUUUCAUCAACAACACUGAUGAUGUUACUUUCUCUAACAACUGCAGCUGAAAAGAUGUCACUAUAAUUCAAUGUUUGAAGAAAUAAGGUGUUCUCAUGGUAUGUUUUAUGAACUUUUAGCCAGGUUUUUCUGCUGUACUGAUUAUUGUAAUGUCUUUUUUCUGUCCUUUUGAAUUAGUGAUGUUUCUUCAACCAAACCAAACAGCUGCUGUUGAGAAACCUUUUAGGCAUCUCUUAAUGAGUACGUGACUUUGGCAGUUAGACUCAAUGCACAUGCAAGUCCUCUUAAGGCCUGGUUACACCUUGCAUUAACAUGUGGGCGUCAUCCAAUCAAGAUGAUCAGAUCACUAUCUGAUCAAGGUUUUGUGGUGUACACACAUGGUAUUAAGAUUUGUCUCUUAUCCGUCCACUGUAUGUGUCCAGUGUCCGCAUGUUAGCGCAAGGUAUAAACGUGACUUUAAAAUCAGAAUGCGUAAUGUCUUGCGACUUUAGAUGCACACCAGCUUCGGGAAAAUGACAUUUGAAUUGUCAAACAAAUUAUUUGUAUAAAACAUUGCAUUCCAUUCUAUCAUCAAAAAUAACAUUACAUUCCAAUCUUUGUCAUUAUCUGUAGAUGCAAACAUGUAUAUUUUUUUCAUGUAUUUGAUAUUUUAUCAGCAUUAUACAUGUUCUGGGUUUGUCUAGGUGACUUAUGUCCAUUAACAAUGGGCAAGUUAGUUUUGCAUGGCCCAGUGUGGUACACUAAUGGUUUCUCGGAACUGAUGGCUUCUACGGUUGCGUUAGGAUAGUUAGUAGUAGGUUAGGAUAAUUAACGUCUGCUAAAUGGCAUAUAUUAUUAUUAUAUUUAUUAACGUUACAGGUUAGCGGCAGGUAGCCUAGUGGCUAAGAAUGUUGGCACUGGAACUGAAAGGUCGGUGGUUUGAAUCCCCGAGCGACUAGGUGAAACAUCUGCCGACGUGCCCUUGAGCAAGGCACUUAACUCUAAUUACUCCUGUAAGUGCCUCUGGAUAAGAGCGUCUGCUAAAUUACUAAAAUGUGAAAUGUUAGGACAGUUAGGUUAAGGUUAGGCUGCGCUACAUGGGCUGGGCUACAGUGUCUUUACAAGUCUCAUGUAUUAUAAUUAUUACUGCUGUUUCUCAAUGUGGGAUUUAUUUGUAGCUCGACUUACUUGAUAGUCUCCCUGAGUCUGAAGGUUAACACUAUGGGUUCGUCCCAAGUGGCACGCUAUUCCCUAUGUAUUGCACUAUUGACCAGGGCCCAUAGGACAGUUACCUAUAUAGAGAUGCAUUUGGGACACAUCCAUAUGACUCUGUAAACACGUUUUAAAGGGGCACUUCUCUACUUUUUAUCAGCAUACUGUGUUCUGGUUAAAAAGUGGUGAAGUGUCCCUUUAACCUUCCAUGACCUGGCUUGUCGCUUUUGGUGUAAAACGCCCAUCAGAGGAUAUUUCAAAGUAUCACUGUGUGUCAUUUGAGAGAUCAACACUUUGCUUUGCAAUGGGUUCAAUUUUCGAAUAUGCUUUAUCAAUGCUAAACAAAGGUUCUUAAACAUAUAGAGAAUGGUGGAUUUAAUUCAAAAUUACUCAAGACAUGUACAUAGAUAAAACAAAUAUAUUAACAAAGUCAUCUUACCAACCUUUUUUUAAAGCUACAAUCUGCAAUUGGAAAACUACAAAAUCCAUCCUGCCACUUAUUUUGGUAUACAGCCAAGGAAUGGGAAAAUAUAACCCCACUUGAAUGCAUAGACAGUGCUCCAGAUGCAAGGACUGACAAUUUUGAAACUAUAAAUUGUUUGCUUACAAUGCCAUUGUUUACAAACAUUUGAAUACAACAAGUGCAUAGGUUGUAUUCUUCAAGAAUCAAUGCCUUCAGAAAGUGUUCACACCCUUGACUUUCUCUGCAUUUUGUUACAGCUGAUUUUUAAAUGGAUUAAAUUGAGAUGUUUUGGUCACUGGCCUGCACACAAUACCCCUUUAAUGUCAAAGUGGAAUUAUGUUUUUGGAAAAAUGUACAAAUUUAAAUGAAAAUCUGAAAUGUCUUGAG